AUGGCCAUGAGCAUCGACAAACACGUCUCGCCAACAGUGGCCUUUCCCCACGAUGAGACAGCCAAUCCAAAGCCCAACAGACGCUGGUUCCAUUGGCACGAGCCUGGCACUACAAAGGAAGAGAAGUGGUUGAUUUUCAAAUUAGACUUCUUCAUCUUGCUCUUCACCUGCUUGACAUUCUUCGUGAAAUACCUGGAUCAAACAAAUGUGACAAAUGCGUAUGUUUCUGGGAUGAAAGUGGACCUCAAUCUCAACGGCAAUGAAUUGAAUUGGUUCACCACCUAUUUCAACAUCGGCAUUAUUGUUGGUGGUCCAUUUUUCACCACAGCCAUGACGGUAGUCCAUCCACGAUACUGGCUGCCAGCGUGUACUAUGAUCUGGUCCUUCUUUGUUCUGUUCAUCUACAAGGCAGAGUCUGCCAGGACAAAUUUUUAUACUCAGAUUGGAAGUUGGUAUCGUGCCUCCGAGAUAAGCCGCCGUUCCACCUUGUUCAUGUUUUCUUCGGUUGGGGGACAAAUGCUAUCGGGCUAUAUUCAAGCAGGACUCUACCGCAAUAUGGAUAAUCAUUUAGGUCUAGCUGCGUGGCGCUGGCUUUUUAUAUUUGAUUUCAUUAUUGGAAUCCCCGUCGCAGUUUUUGGUUUCUUCUGCUGCCCUAAUGAGCCUAAGUCUUCCAAACCGUGGUGGAUGACUGAAGAAGAACGUCAGAUGUGUAUUCAUCGUCUGGCCGAAGAGAAGCGUGAUGCAGACAAAGCUUCGUGGAAUCUUGCGGCAGUGAAACGAUUAUUAACAUCUUGGCAGCUCUAUGCAUUUUGCCUGUCUUGGGGGUUCAUGGAAUUGACUUGCGGUGUGAAUCUACAGCGAUGGAUGACCCUAUAUGUCAAGUCUCUCAAGGUCGAUGGUCACUACAAGUACAGCGUCGAGAAGAUCAAUAAUCUCCCAACUGUCGUAGGAUGCGUGGAAUUGGUCUGGAUGGUAACCAGCGCUUUCAUCACUGACAUUACCCAGCGUCGAUCCAUCGUCAUCUUGACCCUGGGAUCAGUACAAUUAUUUGCCUACAUCAUCUUUGAGGUUUGGUCAAAUAACGAAGCGUUCAUGAUGGCCGCAUAUUAUCUCUGUAGCGCUUAUGGUGCUCUUGCGGCCUUGAUAAGCGCUUGGCUGAAUUCAAGCUGCCAUGGUGAUAAGCAACUACGUGCUCUGACAACAUCUCUUAUGAUUUCGAUUGGAUAUGCUGUCGAGACACCCGCCCAGCAGUACGUAUUUCCCGUGUCAGAAGCACCACGAUUUCGAAGAACACAUGGCUAUGUUUUUGGCAUUGUUUGGGUAGUUGUCAUGAUUGUGUGGUUAUGCAUCUUCCUGCCAAUGAUAGAGCGAUACUUUACGAAACGGGAGCAGCGGAUCGCAGAUGAUGAAAGUCACCACAGCAUAUAA